AUGACCUUGAGGGAGCAGCCGCAGCCUGCCAUCAUGAGCUCCAGCAACAUCAGCUAUCACGGCCAGAUCAAAGAUGAUGCCGAGGUUUGCUGGGUCUCUUUUCCUGGUGCCUAUGCGUCUGGCUGGGAGGCACUGGUGGGGCAACACAACGCAGACUCGGUGGCCUGUGUUUUCCUUACCACUCCGGAGGACGGCUUUGGGAAGCAUGCAGAUGAUCCCAAGAAUCCGGGCCAGUGUUAUUGCUCGCGUAUCUAUGGCCGAAGGGACCAUCGACAGUUCGGUUACCUCCAGGUGUUCGACCCAACAGAUACAGAAAGGCGCCAACAACUGAAGGAAAUCGCUAGGGUCACAAAAGCUGUGCUCAUCAGCUCUGAUGCAACCGAAGAGGCAAAAGCGGAGGCUGAAAGGCAAGCAGUUGAGCAGUGGCGUAAGUGCGGAUGUGUGGCAUCCUGGGGGUGCCAGUGGUUCCACAGGUGGCUCCAUCGGGUCCGUGAAGCUGUCAGCAAGGGGCAAAAGCUGAAAGCUGUCUUUUUUCCUGGUCAGGUUGGGGAAGGCAUCCCAAGCAUGGAUCAGCUGCGUGAUCCUGGUUUCAACCCAUGGGACGGUGUGGGAUGUGGAGGCUCUCAAAAGGCCGAGCUAGCCACACUACACGAAGAAGGAUGGAGCUUCGAGGGCGUGGACGUUACACAGUUCCUUCAGGAAUCUUUCAAUCCAGAAAGCAUUGUCGACGCGCUCAGCCCAGAGGGCAGCUGGAAGCGCUCCAUCGUGGUGGAGCAGCUGAAACCGCUCAAGCCUGAUAAGGGCCUCCCUGGCCUCCCUCAGAUACAUUGGAGGGUACGGUGCCAUGACGGACAUGGCUUUGUCUCGUCCCAGCUUCGCCACACCACGGUAGCCGUCGAUAGCUUCCGCACUCUGCUGGGCCGGGGCCCCAGGAUUUGA